AUGACAGAAAUCACCUUUGCUAGCAUCGAUAUUGCCAGCGACUUCAGAGCGCUCAAUUUUAUAUCCAGUGAUCUUGGAGAACACGUCUAUCUUCUGCUCGUUUUUGAUGCACCAAACGGUGGAACCCUAUAUAAAGAUUUAUUCCCUGUUUGUUGGACCUGUUUCUCACCCACUUUCCCUCUAGACGAGCACAGGAAACCUGGUCUCCGCCUCAAACGCACAAAGAUGCCAGGUAGUAUCGGACAAAUAUGCACGCUUAAGACCAAUGAUUCCAAUGGUCAAAACUACCUUACCUCACCAGAGGAGGGUGAUCCAGACGUCAUACAGUGCCGCAUGAUGACCGCUACCGCAGCAGAUCUCGGUGUGGGGCUUAUUACGAAGGCUGGCACGAAGAUUGAACCCCUUUUUCUGUGGAAUGAUAUAGGGAGGACCAGCACCCUUGCCAUCAAGCUGAAACCGAUGCUCAAGAUAUAUGCUGUAUCCGACGCCACAGAUUUCGUUGGAGGAAAACUGAUUAAAAGCGCCUUCCGCACAGCCCCGGUACUCGAAAUAAAUUUAAUCUCCCUCACGACUUUCACAGAGUGGCAGGUCUAUAUUAAUCCCAGUACAAAAGCGAUAGAGAUAAAGCAGAUCGACUAG